AUGGCACGCAGGCAGCGCUCCAAGCAGUACAAGUGCUCCAAUUUUGUGGAGUGUCAAAGCCGUUUGUUGACUGUCAUGGAAUACGUGGAACUGCUGAGCCUUUCUCCUGAUCAAAAGUCCCUUGACCGCGGGAAAUUCCCUAACGACGUGAACAGCAUUCUCGCUGACUGUUCCGGGCUAGCAUCCAUUGAUGAGGAAUCUACCAUGCGCUAUGUUCAUCAGAGUGUAAAAAUAGCAUCUUUUGGCGGCAAAGGUCCUCACACAGACGAGCUUGAUACGACAAGCGUUGACCACGGACUCAGCUUUCUCUGUAUGACUUAUCUCAAUCUGACCAGCUUCAAGCGCGACUUAGCCAAGUUCAAGAAAGAUUUUGGUGUCGGCAUUAUGCUACAAUGGCUCAUCUUUGAAGAAUCUGUUGUGAGCAGCGAUGAGCGCUCGGUAAAAAUGACCUGCCAGUAA